UGCGCAGUCCCUGCGCCCGGCAUGUCGCGGUCGCCUCCUGGGGUUCCCCGCCGGCUCGAUCGAGUCGCCGGCCUCCUUUUAAACCCCCCGGCCCGCGACGCUUCCGAUUCAACGAGAGAUGGUGGUGACGACGGACGGAGGAGUGGGGGAGGGGGAGCGCCCGGCGCCGGCGCCGGCGUCGCGGAAGGAGCGGGGCCGGAGCCACAGCGAGGCCGAGCGCAAGCGGCGGCAGCGGAUCAACGAGCACCUCGCCACGCUCCGUACCCUCGUCCCCUCCGCAUCCCGGAUGGACAAGGCGGCGUUGCUGGGCGAGGUGGUGCGGCACGUGCGGGAGCUGCGCGGGAAGGCGAGCGAGGCGGCGGAGGGCGUCGGCGCUGGCGUCAUCCCCGGGGAGGGCGACGAGGUGGGCGUCGAGGAGGAGGAGGAGGGCGACGGCUGCUGGCGGCCCGGUGGGCGCCGCUGCGGCGCCGCCGACGGGCACGGGUGCCUGCCGUUGCGGCGCGUCAGGGCGUGGGUGUGCUGCGCGGACCGCCCGGGGCUCAUGGCCGACCUGGGCCGCGCCGUGCGGUCCGUCGGGAACGCACGCCCCGUCCGCGCCGAGAUGGCCACCGUCGGCGGGAGGACCCGCGGCGUCGUGGAGCUGGACGUCUGCUGCGACGGCGGCGACGACGACGUGGCGGCCGCCGCCACGAACGACAAAGGCAGGGCGGUGGCGCUGUCCACGCUGCGGGCGGCGCUCCGCGCCGUGCUGCUCAACCGGGGGGACCACCUCGCCGCCGCCGAGGGGUACAAGCGGCCGCGCUUCUCUGCGCGGAUCGCCAAGGUGCAGUGAACGCCGCCGUGACGAGCUAGGCGGCGGACCAGGCCCCUGCUGAGACACUCGAUCGUGCGCCGCCUGUCUCUUCGUGCUAGUCUGAUUCUACGUGCCAUUCAACACUUGUACUUGCAAAGUAUAGAACGGUCGUAUGCAGACUUUUUGCUACUACUGUUUUGCGACAGUGGAAUUUUAGGGCAGCGUGGUGCCGGUGGGUUGGAGACUUGGAGGGCUAGACAGGAGCUGCUUCUUGAGAUUUUGUAGUAGUGCCGGACCUUUCUACCCUUGUAAAACAUGUUUUUUCUUUCUUUCUUUUGAGAUUGUGUAGUCUUCAGAUUUCAGAAGAAAAAUUAGUUUUGCUGAU